AACCAAUGGUGCAAUGUUGUUAGAUGGGAGUUCAGCAACCCAACCCCAUUUAUCCGGAGCCGUGAGUUCCUUUGGCAGGAAGGACACACUGCAUUCGCCACAAAAGAAGAAGCAGAUGCAGAGGUCCUUCAAGUUUUGGAGCUUUACCGUCGCAUAUAUGAAGAUUAUCUCGCAGUCCCGAUUGUGAAAGGUAUGAAGAGUGAAAAUGAGAAGUUUGCUGGGGGACUGUACACUACAAGUAUUGAGGCUUUCAUUCCCAACACUGGUCGUGGUGUACAAGGUGCAACCUCUCAUUGUUUGGGUCAAAACUUUGCAAAGAUGUUUGAGAUCAACUAUGAGAAUGAGAAAGGAGAGACAGCAAUGGUGUGGCAGAAUUCAUGGGCCUACACUACUAGGACGAUUGGAGUGAUGAUUAUGACUCAUGGAGAUGACAAAGGCCUGAUACUCCCUCCUAAAAUCGCACCUGUGCAAGUUGUUGUGAUCCCUGUGCCCUACAAAGAUGCUAAUACGCAAGGAAUUUUCGAUGCUUGUAUUGCUACUGUAUCUGCCUUGUCUGAAGCCGGGAUUCGUGCUGAAGAAGAUUUAAGGGACAACUACUCUCCUGGAUGGAAGUAUUCAAACUGGGAAAUGAAGGGUGUUCCUUUGAGAAUUGAGAUUGGACCCAGAGAUCUGGAAAAUGAUCAGGUCAGUCAGAACUGUGGACGUGACAACGGAGUGAAGGAAGAUAUCCCAAGAGGUGGCUUAGUCGAACAUGUUAAGGAACUGCUUGUGAAGAUCCAGGAAAACAUGUUUGAAGUUGCAAAACAAAAGAGGGAAGCAUGUGUUGAAGUGGUUAAGACUUGGGAUGAGUUUAGCAAUGCUCUUAAGGAGAAGAAACUCAUCUUAGCUCCCUGGUGUGAUGAAAAGGAAGUGGAGAUAGACGUUAAGCAACGUACUAAAGGUGAAACUGGAGCAGCUAAAACCCUAUGUUCUCCAUUUGAUCAGCCAGAACUCCCUGAAGGUACUCUCUGCUUUGCUUCAGGAAAGCCUGCCAAGAAAUGGACUUAUUGGGGCAGGAGUUACUAGUUUACUAAAAUGUUCAUUUACUUUUUGUUUGUAAAACACUCCCUCCCUCAACUCAAGUGCAUUGUGCGUUGAUUUG